AAGAAUCAGACCAAACACUGAUGAUGGCGGCUGUCGGUGAAAAUCACCAACAGGAGGAGAAACUACGUUUUUCUGUGGACAUCCCGUUCCCGUCUGCUCGUGAGGCGUCUGUCGCUCUGAAGUCUCUGUCACCAGAUGAAGAACCGCGGAGAGGCGGAAUCAGCAAACGGCUCACCGUGUGUGACAACAUACUGUGCGUAAGGUGGAGCGCAGCAGAAGCUCGGACUCUUCGUGUGUCCGUCAGUUCCUUUCUGGAUCAUCUGGCUCUUGUCAUGGAGACCAUGCAGAUCUUCAGCCCUGCUGUUCCACAGUAACACCUGUUCACUCGAGUUAUCCCGAAUUAACACUUCUUUUUCUCUGCUGGAGCUGGACACCUGGAACAGUCAGAGCUUGUCCUUGUAGGUCUUCCAGAAUGGAUGUUUGGGUGAGUGGGGUCUUCAGCGGCUAAGGAGCGGUUGACCUGCUGCCCUGGACUCUGGUUUGGUUUGUCGGUGAUGACUCCUGGUUUUGGUAAAUACUCUGUGUGCUGGAUUACAUUUAUUUCUAGUAAGAGUCUGACAGAUUUAUUUCCUUCUGUGCAGAUGAUCAGAGCAGCUGUACGUUUGUUGGUCGUGUUUCCUGAAAUAAAGGAGUGACUUCUUU